GAAAGAGUGGUUUGUGGAGGAAGUCUUCGUCCUGGGAGAGAUGAUCACGUUGUUGCUUCUUGUUUCACUGAUAACGGGAGGUGUUGCGUCCUGAGCUCGCUCGGCUACGACGACCAACCGCGGAUGUAAGCCUGUCACCUACAGAUCUUAAACUCUUGCUGCUUAUCAUCCGCCCCCCACCCCCUCCCCCGGGCCGCCAGCUCGGUGGUCAUAACAAAACCGAGGUGCCCGGACGCCGGCGCACCGCCGCCCCUCGGUACGUCUUGCUGUCGCCUGGGGUUGCAGGCAGCCUGGGGAGAUGGGCGGAGAGCGGCUCGCGAUAAAGGAGGAGGAGAAGGGAGGCGAAUAAGAGCUGGCGGAGAGGGCGAGGCGGAGGGGCAAAAAGCUGAGGGGAGAGUAGGAGGAGACGAGAAAGAAAGGGGAGGAGAGAGGGAGAGGUUGGCCGGGACGCGCCUCACUGAGUUCCGGCCUCCCACCCGUACUCCGACUGAAGACGCCGUCUCCGCCUCGAGGUGGUUAGUAUCGCGCCCGCGCCCCCGCUGCCAUCACACGCCCACCCGCGCCCUCACAGCCCUGUGCAUCCACCUGUGCCCGCACCGCAAACCCAGAGGAUCCCGUCCACCUCCGCACACCUGCGCUAGCCCUUUUGACGCCCUCUCGCCCGAGUAGAUCUGCCUGCGUGGAGCAGCAGACGCCUAAUUACCGGAUUGUUUCGUAAUGCCGCGGAAAUUGACACUGCGAAACUCGACGUGUGGGCGGAAAAGCCGGUGACACUGCUAAGGUGGGCACAGGCCGGAGGUGAGGGAAAUCCGCGAGGCUGUAGCGAGGUUGUCCUUGUAGGAAGGACUCACGAGCUUAUUAGCCGCCCGUCGUGCCCCCAGGAGCCUCGAUGCCGGCAAGGAGGAGUUAGGUGCGGCAGAGUUUCAUGCACGCCGGCUCGUCGUGCGAGCAUCGUCGGCCUUCCUGAGCAGGUGGUCGAGGAAGCUUAGAGCACCAACGCACCACACACGACGGCCCACGCCCGGGCUCUUGGCACGCCGGUGCCCGCCCCUCCUCCGACACACCCCACGCUGCUAGCUAUUAUUAAGCCUAUGGGUCUGUCCCCUCCCCGUCCCUCUCCCUCCCUUGGCCAGAUACGAGGAACAUACAUGGCGUCGACCCUCGCGCAGGUGGCCGACUCCUAAACCCACGCACGCCGUAGCGGCCCAGGUAUCAGCCAGGGGCGCUGCAGAAGUUCCUCUGCCCCACAGGGGCGCCUCCACCCCAUGGGAAGGCAGUUGUGACCCUUUUAAAGUGUCAUCAGGCCUAGGAAGUGCCUGCUCUUUGGGGAAUUUCCCUCGCCUGGAGACGACACCAGCCCGAAGGAGGAAUAAACGCUCAACGCAACCGUUCGUCGAGCGAAAGAAAACGGCGAGAGCUCACCCGCCCACCUCUCGAGAGCCUUCCGUAUCUGUUCAACUACCGAGCGAGCGGAACAUCUUGAAGGCGCUUCCAGUGUCUUUUCUAAAACAUAAGAGAAGGAACGUGUAUUUAGCCAGAAUUUAAAUACAAAUACUUUUUAAAACGUUUAUGUCACGAAUUAAUAUUGAUUAUUCCACUGCCCUCUUCCGAUGUCACGUGAGCUUCGGUGCCCCAAGAGAGUACCGACACUGCGUCCAUGUGAAGUGCAUUUGAGGUUAAUUUACGCGGUGUGGCGUCAGCUGGUGUGACUUGGCGACCAGUCGUGCAUUGUUUACGCUCGUGACGUUAGAGCACGCAAGGAGCUUCUAUAACCGGGUUGUGAAGGUAUUGCUGUCAUGUGCUUUGUAACAGAUCGUGUGCUUGUGAAAUGUGUUGUGCAAUUACCAAGAUUUUUGUGCUGGACAUCAGUGAAAAGAUAUGAAAUAUCGGGAAGCGAUGUUAUGUGACCCAUUGUCCUGAGUGAGUCCUUUCCUUUGGAAGCCGUGACGCCCUUGGUGCUCCCUCGUGACCAUUAGUCCUUCCUCUUAUUUUUCCCGCGGAAGUUCCUCCCCUUCAAGCCCUCCUCUAGAUGUAGCGCACCCAUUCACCCAAGCACUCACGACCGCUCCUCGUGGGUGCCCAAUUCCCUUGACGCCAGUAGCCCUAGGGGCGACUUCAGAGCAGCGACGCCCACGCCCUCUACGGCCGGUGCUCGCAGCCGUCGCCGCCCAACAUACCUGGCCGCCCACACGCAAGCCUACGUAUGACCUCGGCGGGGUGAAAGCAGAGCCGCCCAACGCCCACGCCUGCGAAUGAUGUCUGUGCCAGUGUACGGCGAGGUCACAAGGUCCCUGAGAGACACGGUGCAGGCCGCGCUGGGCUCGCCCCCGGCCGCCAUCCCCGCGCCGCGCCUUCCCAAGAUCUUCGCCGCCAUGGGACUCUUUCCCUCCAAGGCUCAAGUGCAUGAGAUGUUGCAUGUGGCCCGAGAGUGCUCAAACAGGGAAGCAGGUGGUCGCCUUUUAACUUUCGGGGAACUCUGCCUCUUUACCACAGAGUUGCGACAAUGUUACGAAAAAGAGACUCCUCGGCCAGCACUUCUUUCAAAGUUGUCAGACAAAUCCGUUGGAGACAAGAAAAGAAGUGAGAGAAAAAUGUCAAAAUCAUCACCUAAGUAUGAGGUUUUCCUGGGUGGGUCGUGUAACCCCACGACUUGGCGUCAAAAUGUGGCGAUCCCCAUGCUGAAGGAUCAGGGCAUCUCCUUCUAUAACCCACAAGUGUCUCACUGGGAAGAAGCACUUGUGGAGCUGGAGUAUCAGGCAAAACAGACUGCAUCAGUACUGUUUUUUGUGCUUGAUAGAGCAACUCGUAAUGUAGCAUCAAUGAUAGAAGCAGCUUUCAUGGCUGGCUGCCGUCGUAAGCUUGUGGUUGUCAUGGACUCUUAUACAGGUCCAGGGCAGCUGAUUGGGGGAGAAGCAAUCUCAGAGCUAGAGUACAGGGAACUUACCAAUGGCCUCCACACAGUGCAAGACCUUGUGGAGAGGCAAGGAAUUCCAGUCUUUCCAGAGAUUAAUCAUGCUCUUAAUUGUACAGCUAAGAUUCUUCGAGAGAAUCUUCGACCUGAAGACCUUGGUCUUGAAGAUCAAGUGCAGCCCAUUAAGUAUCCCUAUCUUCAACUUGGAGACAAGCUGAUAAAGCUUCAUGAUGCAUUUGUCAACACCAAUUCAGAGCAUAUAACACUAGCAGAGGCACGGGUAGCAUACAAAGUGGUCACAAAUAAGGAAUUGACUAAUGAGGAACUCCAAGCAAUUGUUGCAGCUAAAAAAGGAAUGGAGAUGCAGGAAUUGAAUGGUACAGAGCUCCCACUCAGUGAUGUUUUCCUUACCUUUGAUGAAUUUUGCUGUAUUGUAGCAGAGUUUAAGAAUCAGAGAUUAGAAAGCAGGAGACUCUGGGAUGUUUUCACACACUCGGUUGUGUCUCCCAUUCAGAAAGUGUUUGGUUGGGCGUUACCACGGCGACCACUGAGGCCAAUCAGCAGUACAGGAGAGCGUGAUGUGUACCUUGGAGGAUCUCUGGGAAACAGAGAGACAUGGCGUGAAGACAUUGCCAUUCCUAUGCUUUUGAAACAUGGGCUUUCCUUUUUCAAUCCUGCUGCCAGUGCUUGCUCAGGACGACUGCUGCCCAUGGAGGCUGCUCUCAUGGAAAACUCGAGGGUUCUCCUCUUUGUUAUCACUAACACAACGCUGGGUGUAUCUGCAAUGGCACUGGCAUCACAUUACAUUGGCCUUGGUUGCAAUGUUGUUUUAUGUAUACAGAUGUUAACUGCAGAUGCAACUAUCUGUGGAGAACAGUUAUCUCGAACUGCAGUAAAGGACUACAAUCGAGGAAGAACAUAUCUUAUAGAUCAAGCUAACAAAGAAGGGAUUCUAAUCUUCAAAAAUAUCCAGGAAGCUGUUGAAUGUGUUAUAAACAAAUGUCGUACAAGAUAGUCAAACCAAGUUUUUACGAGUGGGUGAUCUGUGUAUCAAAGAAAAUUUGUGCAUAAAGAUACAAGUAAAAACUUAAAUGAAGAUUUAAGAGGCAUGUUAUGGCUGUCUGUAUGUUUUUAUGGAUGAUUGAAUGUGGGAAGCAUUUAUUUGCUGAAGCACUGAAAUUCUCCAUGUUAGAAAAUUACGUGUUAGAAAAUAAUUCUUCUGAACAAGAAUUUCCAAUGGAACCUAACAACUGGAGCAGCUAGAUUCCCAGAAGUUUGUGUCUCUUACAAACCUAUGCAGGUGUUGAUCACCAUCCCUUUUCUGUCUUGACAGAUGUAUAUGAGUUUAUUAGGUGUUGAAAAACCAUUGUUUACUGGUGUCGGUGAAUUUCAACUGUAAUAUAUCAGGCUUGUUCAGUUGUGUUCAUGAACAUUAAACAUGUGUUGUGGACUUGUAAGAAGUUAAUCCGUUUUCUGGAUAUGAAAUCCAAUCAUGGAGAUGUGCCACAAGGAAAAAUUCAUUGUGGGCUUCAUGAGUGCAGCUUAAGCUAAUGUCCAACCAGUGCAGCAUAAGAAGAGCAGCAAGAAUAUGAAAAGGAUAAAAGAUAAUAAUACACAUUGAUAAGCUUCAAGGGCAGAACUGAUAAGCUUCAAGGGCAGAACUGGCAAAGUGUCAGAUUAAAGGCCUUUAUAGUAUAUUCUAAAAUAUUAUGUGCAUUCAUGUUACAAAUGAACCUGGACUGAACAAAAGGUGAGGCGAAUGAUUCCUCUAGGGAACUGUAGAGAGAUUGAGAUGAAAGGAACUGAUAAAUGUCAUCAAAAAUCAAUCAUGAACUCCCAAAUUAGAGUAUAGGGCCUUCCUAUAAAGUUUAUUACAGAAAUCCUAUUUGAUUGGUCAAGUUUUUCAAGUGCAUGAUAAAUCCAUUGAUAGAGAUGGAAGUUUUUGAUCACCCUGAAGGAGUAUGGGAAGUGAAUAAGUUUUAAACUAAUUUAUAUAAAAUACUCAUGUAGGUAUCUUGAAUGAUUUAUGUAGUUGCUUAAGAAAUCUUGUGCCAGUUGAAAAAAAGAUCCACAGAAAGUGGGGAUAGGUCAAGUUGCAGAAAGAUUAGCUAGAUAUCAGUCAUGAGACAGGUAGCAGACAGUGUUGGGUCUCUCCUAAAGUUUUGAAGUGAAUCAUUAUUAUUGAAAGGAAAGUACAGUCAGUUUUCACCUUUUAUUUUGUGUAGUCCUAAGGAUUGGGAUUGCUAAACUUGUCUCAUGUCAUUAGCUGGUACAGGAAGACAUCUCAGGUUUGCAGAUGAUUGAAUGUCAUCGUCGUUAUUGUUGUCCAUUCUUUCAGUAGAGUGAGAGUGAGUCGGCCUCUUUUAACAUUUGGUUAGAAGCUUAAGUACAAGCUCCCAUGUCAGGAAUAUCCCCAGUGUUGGAUGCAAUAUUGUGUUUUUGGGUAUCUUGAAGUGUCGCAGGCACAUUACUCAGUGUUUAAGAUUCUCACAAGGUUGUACAACUUCAUACUGCAUCACGUUUCAAUACAUUCCCUUUGUGAAGUGUUUUAAUGGUGCAUCUUUAAUCUUAUUCUUUUCUCUCCUUUUAACUACAAGAAUUACAGAUAGAUGGCAGCUUUUCUUUGAUAGCCUUUAGCAUGAAUGCUCAUAUGAUUUAGCCAUAACCACUGUCAUUCCAUUAAUAAUGUGCCUCUAUUGACAGUGGAUAGUUUAGUGUAUACAGAUAACCCACCGCAAUUUGAAUAUCUCUCAGUAAAUCAGCUAAUUUCCUGAGAUGGCUGGUUAUGUGGUAUUCAAAACCUUCAGUCGUAAAGCUUGUUCAAUCAGUUACACUGACAAUCUUUAAAGGAGAUAUUUUCAUAAUUGCAUGCACUAAUAUAUUUCACCCACAAUGCUCUGCAUAUAAGGUAUGUGAGUCUGUACAUGAUUUUCUGAUAUUUGUGUCAUCCAAUUGUUAUUGGUACAGAAUUGUAUCAUUAAAAACUAUUCUUGCUCAUGCAUUGUCAUACAGUGUUAUUCUUUGUAGACAGUAUUGGUAUUCUAAAAUUUGCAGAGAAUGUCAUCAUAGUUUUUGUAUAUUUGUUGUCAUCAUCAAAAUGCACAGAUGUCACAUUUACAUUAUGUUAAAUUUGGAUAUAGUUGAAUAUAUAGUUUAUCAG